UACAAUCCCACGCCCUGAGCCACGAAAACAAACGCACCCAAAUCACUUGCUCUCAAAUUACAAGUACAGGAGCCCUGUAUAUUUAUCUUCCACAAUCACUACUCCUCAAGCCUUAAAGCAAAAACCAAGCAGAGUGUUCUGUGUCCCUCGUACAAAACAGAGAGAGAGAGAGAGAGAGAGAGAGAGAGGCAGGGGGUGUUUGAGAUGGGGAAUCACAAGUUCAGAUUAUCACACAUGAUACCAAAUGGCUGGUUUUACAAGUUCAAAGACAUUGGUAGCAGCAGAACCAGAAACUCAAAAAACCUCCAUCUCUCCAAAAACAAAAAACCACCAUCCAUAUCCUCCUCCUCUUCAUCUUCAUCACCAUUAUCAACAACUCCUGUAAUUCCAUCAUUACACCAAUCCAAAUCAAGCCAAUCUCACCUCCUUUCUCUUCAAAGAAAGUCUCAUUACUUCACCAGAGACCUCACUCCUCACCAUCCCAACAACACUCAUUUCUCAGACUUUCCCAGAAAAUCAUCCAAACAGAGUCGAACCAGAACUAGAAACAGAAACAGAGCAUCCUCACCCAAGCUCAACCUCGUCACCGGCUCUGUCUCCGCCAGUUGCAGCUGUCGCGCCACAGUCGAGUCCGGCACCAAACCCGAUUCGACAUCUGAGGAAUACCCGAAUUCACCACCCGAUAGCGAUAGCUCUUCCGACCCGGAUUCUUUGUUACCCGAAUUGGUCGCUGAUUCAUUCGACGCCAUGGUCUCAUUGUCGAGCUCUUGCCGAUGCAAAUUCGGAAACGAUAUCGAUUCAUUGAACACAAAAUUCAAUCAAUUCGAUUCGAUUCCAAAUCUCCAACUCCCUCCAAUCAAAACAAAAAACCCAGAAACCAAAACACCAAUCAAAACCAAAACAUCAAUCGCCAUGAAACAGAGUCGGAGAGUCAGUGCGAGCUCGCCGGGACUGAGACUCCGAACGAAUACUCCAAGAAUUGCGAGCAGGAAGAUUCAGGGCGGUGGUCGGAAGAGCUUGUCGGAGAGCUUCGCGGUGGUGAAAAAGUCGGCGGAUCCACAGAGAGAUUUUAGGGAAUCAAUGGUGGAGAUGAUUAAGGAAAACAAUAUCAGGGGGUCCAAGGACUUGGAAGAUCUUCUUGCGUGUUAUCUUCAAUUGAAUUCUGAUGAGUAUCAUGAGGUGAUUAUCAAGGUGUUCAAGCAAAUCUGGUUUGAUCUUGCUGAUAUCAGAUUGAAAUAAUCAAUUCAAGAAUUGAACUCUCUCUAUAUAUAUCACC